AUGGAUAAAACCAAAGCAUGUAAGUUUGAGGGUGGAAGCCAAGAAGACCCAUCAGAGGACAGAGCACCACCAAUAAGGGUCCAAGCUGAUAGAUGCUGGGAUCCAAAUGUGGAUCUAAGGGAGGGUUUGGAGGGGCACAGGGACCAAGCCCAGAGUGAAGAUCCAAGUUCCCAAGACAACCUGCAACCACAGAACCCAAACCAAAUUGCUGCAAACAAAGAAGGAAACAUUUUUCUUGGGUUGUCCUUCCCAAGGAAGCUUUGGAGGAUAGUGGAGGAUGACACCUUCAUGUCUGUGCAGUAGAAUAAAAAUGGAGACGCUGUUAUCAUUGAAGAAAAUAUUUUCCAGAGGGAGGUUCUUUGCCUCAGGGAUACAGAGAAAAUCUUCGAAUCAGACAGCUUGAAGAGUUUCAUCUGUCUGAUUAACCUCAAUGGGUUCAGCUAGAUACGCCCAAGUGACUCUUCAGUUCAUGCUCCAGAAAACAGCAGAUUAAUGAUCUACCACAAUUCCAACUUUCAGGGACACAAACCCUGGAUCAUUGAGAAAAUCAAGAGAGGAGAGAAGGCAUCAAAAACCCAGAAGAAAGCCCUGAGUGCUCAGCGAUCAGGUGGCACCCAGUCAUUCAAGUUCUCAGGGCUGCGGUCUACAACCAGUGCCAUGAUAGUCCCUUUCCCAAGUGAGCCAGGUGGCCCAAGUGGGGAGGGAACAUCUUGGAAUGUCAUGUUUGUACCCACGGCUCCUUCCAGAACUGAUGGCACAGGGGAACUGCCCACCAGCCACCUAAAUUAUCCACUGUAUGAUUCAGUGAUGUCUUUCUACAAUACUUGUUAUUUCAUCCUGAUGCCUGCCCUUUCAGUCAUGGCCCCACCCACGUACCCCAACAAGGACAAGGAGGAGGAGGGCUCCUGA